AUGGAGGGCAUGACGGAGCUCGAGAACGCCGCCGGCCUGCCCUUCACCCUGCGGCCGUCCCUGCUCUUCCGCGGCUGCGGCGCCAAUCUGCUCAAGGAGACGUCGGAGAUGGCGCUGCAGUUCGCCGCCGCCGGGCGGAUGAAGGCGGGCGGCGACGCCUCGUCCUCGGCCGCCCGCGAGAUUGCGGGCGCCGUCGGGGGCGGCGCGGUCGGUGCUCUGCUUGUGACGCCGUUCGAGUGUGUCAUGGUGCAGCAGCAGCUGCUCGGCACCUCGCUGCUGCAGACGCCUCUCGACAUCGUGCGGCGGCACGGUGCGCUCGACGGCCUCUACCGUGGGCUGGGUCUCGCCGCGCUGCGCGACUCGAUCUACGUCCGGCGACGCCUCAUCGAGGGCCACGAGCUCCCGCCCGCCGCCGCCAGCCUCUGCGCCUCGGCCGUCGGCGGCGUCGCCGGCGGAGUCUUCUCGCACCCGAUGGAUGUCGUCAAGACGUGCAUGCAGGGCGACCUCGCGCGCGCCGUGCACCGCGACCCCCUGCUCACCUGCCGCAACCUGAUCGCCGAGGGAGGGAUCGGCGCCCUGAUGCGCGGCGCGGGAUGGCGCACGCUCAACAUCACGCUCACGGUCUUCAUCGCGGGGGAGGUGUGCCAGCGCCUGCCCCCCUACCUGCUGCGCCUCACGCGACGGGCGGAGCCGGCGCCGGCGCCGAAUGAGGCUGAGAGCGACUCGUCCGACGACCUCGUCCUAGAAGACAACGCAGCUGGUAGGACAUCGGACAGCGAGGGCCCGAUGCUCGAGGAGAAUGAGGACGGAGGCUCAGGCGGUGGCGGCGCGCCCUCGGCGGAGCGCGCCGAUGCGCUGCGUGCCGAGGGGAACGGCCACUUCAAGGCGGGCCGGGUGGCCGAGGCGCGAGCGGCGUACGGAGCCGCCCUCUCCUCGCUUCCGCUGGGCGACAACGCGGGCCGCGCGACGCUGCUGACCAACCGGGCGGCGGCGGCGCUCAAGGCAACCGACUGGACCGCCGCCAUCAACGACUGCACCGCCGCGCUCACCCUGACGGCCAUCGGCAGCGAGACGCGCCGCAAGGCGCUCUUCCGGCGCGCCACCGCCUUUGUCGAGGUCGGAGACCACUCGUCGGCGCGAAGGGACCUGGGCGAGCUGCCGCUGGACGACUCAGCGGUCGCUCGGCUCCGCAGGACCCGGCACCUCUUCCACGAGAGCGCGCUCUACCGCUGCUUCGCCGCGCAGACCCACCCGCACACGGAGCUCGUCGUCGUGGACACGGGCCCGACCCCGUCGGCCUUCUUCUCGUCGGCAGAGCGCGUCAAGUACAUCCACCAGGUCGGGCACAUGACCAUCGGCGAGAAGCGCAACGUCGCCAUCGCCGCCGCCUCGGGCGACUUCAUCUGCCACUUUGACGACGAUGACCUGUACGCGCCCAGCUACCUGGCGACUAUGCUCGCCGCGCUCGACGACGCGGGCGCCGACUUUGUCAAAUUGAGCGCGUGGUUCGUCCACGACCUGCAGACGGGCGCGACCGGCCACUUCGACGCCGAGGCGGGCAUGCCACACCCGUCGCUCGCGCCGCUGACGGAGCAGUUUCUCUACACGUACGGCUUCUCCUUUCUGUACCGGCGGAAGCUCUUCCCCGCGUUCUCGUUCGCGGCCACCUCGUGGGGCGAGGACCAGGACAUCCUCAAACGCGUGCGCGGCGGCGGCAGGCGCGUCGCCCUUCACCGGGACCGGACGGGCAUCUGCCUGCACAACCAGCACGGCGAGAACUGCUCGCGCUCCUUCGCGCAGACGACCGUCACGCUCGACACGCUGCGCGCCUCGCCGCUCGGGCCGCUGCUGCCGGCGCUGCCGCUCAUUGGCCGCGCGCUCGCGGGCGGAAGGCGCGUCGAGGGCGAGAGCGGCGUGUACGGCGACAAGGAGGUUCGCUCCGAUAAUGCGGGCGGCCUCUUCUGCUGGGACUCGCAGCUCGCGGCGCGGCGCGGCGACGGGGACGGGACCCUCACCGCCUUCACCGAGUGGCUCUGGUCGGGCAACGGCUUCUCCAAGGCGCGCGUUGAGGGGAUGCGCGAGCCGCACGCGCCCGGUGCGAUCACCAACCCGGCGUCGUACCGCCCGGGCGGCAUCGGCAACCCGGUCGCGGCCACAGGCGGCCCGGGCCUCGCUUUUGGCCAGUCCUCGCGGAAAUUCACGCUCUAG